AUUGUGCGCGGCCGUCGGGGCUGUGUUUCAGCGGGCAAAGUUGAGUGAAUGCUGGGGCGCGGGUGCGCCUUCCUCGCAGCCCACUCGUCGCGCUGGAUCAGGCUUAGCGCCACCUUCAGGGCAAAUCGCCCUGUAAAAAGCGGCCUCACUCCUCGUCGCCUCUCGCUUCUUUCAUACACCUCAAAGAUCAAUGCUUACCUGGCUGCAGGUGCUCACUCUCUCUAACCAAGGAUGGAUAGCAUGAACGACGCGCUCGCAUCCUUCUCGUUCGGCGGCGGUCAUCAGCCCGUGACGACUGAGCAGUUGAUGAUUGGCAACUCGUCCGCCUCGCCCACCUCACCCAUCAUGGCAAGGGAGCCUUUGGAUGCGCAUGUCGAAGCGAUGGAGCUCUCUGCGCCCGCCACCGUUCCAAAAGAUACUAUUAUCCAUGCCAUCAACGCCUUCGCCGUUUCUGAGCGCCGCACCAACUUUUUCUUCCUUGCCCGCUACAACCAUGGGUACAUGAACGGCGAGGAUCUCUCCGUCCAUUCCGCUCCGCUAGAGGAGGUUACGCGCGCUUGCAAACGAUGGGGCCUGAACCCAGCCGAGCUCUCGAGCUUCAAGUGGUAUACAGUGCACCAGACCAUCAGCAAAUUGUCCCACACGGUGCCAGUGCGCUGCCACUCCCCAUCGGUUGACAUCGUGCACCUGGAGGUCCUGGAUGUUGAGGGUACGAAGAGUUGGAUGGACAUCCGCAUCUGGAUGAGAAAGACGCUCGAGUGGCACGAUGGCUACGACAGGAAGUUCCCCGAACUCCAAUAUGAGGAGCAGGCUAUUUGGUGGCGCAAUAACGGAAAGGCCUUCUGUCUCAUGCAGCUGCCGCCUGAAGUGAGGGACAUCAUCUACACGCACGCCCUCGGUCCUAUCAUUCUUCCCCAGGCUAGGACCCGUGUUGUCUUUCCUGACCACGCGGUCGGAUUUCCUACCAUUAGCAACCACAUCUCGCUUGGUCUUGGUCAUACCCACGGUAAGAAAGGAAGGCUGGGUGCGAAGCAAGAUCCGGACAUAGACCGCCCGAACCUCGCUCUGCUACUGGUCAGUCGUCAGGUACGUGACGAGGCUCUUGACGCGGCCUGGCGGUGCACUACAAAGCGCUUCCGUGCUACCAUUGCCUCCGCUUCGCUUCUCUGUUUUCGAAAACCCCCGGACCAGGACAAACUCAUUCUGCAAAUGAAGGAACUCGGGCCGCCUUCAGUAUUGAACUACGUCCAGCUUGAGUUCUCAGCUGCCUGUUAUUUCGAAUUGAUUGGUAUCCAACCUCAGCAGGGACGUCCAAUGGCUCGUCUCCAGCCGCCACCCGGCCGCUUGAGCAUCCACAUGCUGAAGAAGAUUCCCACCAUACGAACCCUCGAUUUUCGGUUCAUGAGCCCGAAGCACCCAUCGGCGGUCUGUCCGUGGAAUGCGCCUAGCCCUUUCGACUACUAUUCGCCUCAGAAGCCACACUCUUGUCAGAAAGUCUGGGUCGACUGGUUCUUCACACUCGCGCUGGAUCAACUGGGUCACUGCAGCUUCAAGAUAACCAUGAGUGGUUGCGUCAAGGACUCAACGCGCGCUAAGUGGGAGCCGAUAUUCGAAGCUGAGAGCAAGGGACUCAAGCAUGAUAUGACCCUGCAGGCGCGGGCAAUCCGGUUGGGGAAGAGAGACAGUGAACCGAUCCCGUGCAACUGCUCGAAGCCAUGCCCUGCGCCCGCUAUCGACCCGUUCGAUAGAUUUGACGCGGGGGAGCGGCGCACCAUCCCCGGGCUUCAGCGAGAGAUCGACGAGCAGUACUUCAGCUACAGGGACUGAGUGAUCCGAUGGACUGUAUUAGCUGUCAGUCUCGUAUGGAGUUGUGGCGCUUUUGUUGGAGAGGGUCCGUCGAAGUGCUGGAUGAAAAGGGGUAUCGAUGCUUGUUUCGGGUUUCUCCCAGUUCUUGCGCAUAUGGCGCUUGCUUGGGACUUUUUCCUCGCAGGCCUUGCGCAUACAGUGCGCUGAUUAUCGGGUUUUUUUCCUCCUCGCACGACGAUGUAGAGAAAGGAUUGCGCUAGCAGGCGUCUGUUUCGGCUUUCUUUUUCACUCUGCUGGCGCAGGAUGCGCACUCUGAUCAACCCGCUCUGUCUCACCAUUUGUUGUACAGAUAGUAUAAGGACGUCCUCGUGGUUUCCAAGAGACACAACUGGUGAUAGGAAAUGGAACUGCUCUAGUUA